ACAACGGUGCCGCCUCCAUGACGCCUGAGCCCGGCCACUCCUGCGCCGACCGGCAGGGCGUCUGGGCCAUCGGAGGCACGCACGGCGCAUCUACCGUGACCCUCGUGAGCAAUCGGGGCGCGAUCCACGUCACGACGCUGCCGUGGCGGGCGCAGCGGCUCUGGGCGCUCGAGGCGGGCGUGCUCAUUGAGGCGGAGCGGUCGACGCCGCGCGUGGCGGGCGAGACGGGCCUCCUGUACCUGUCGCACCCGCUCGAUCCGCCGCGGCCGCUGCGCAUCGAGUCCGGCGACUGGGACGGCACCGUGCUGCUCACGUCGCGCACGGCGCCGCCGCUGCUGCUCUCGCACAGCCCUCGUCUGGGCGCGCACGUGGCGUGGGCCUUGGCGACGGAGGGCGGCGAGGGCGAGGAUGGCGCCGUCCUGCUGCGCUGCGUCUGGAGCGAGCCGGCGCCGGCGCCUGCGUCCGACGCCUUUCUCUUUGCCGCGAGCAGCGCGUGCGUCCUGCUCUGCCUCGUCCUACCAGAGCGAGGCGGAGGCGGGGCGGCGCUGGCGCAGGUGCACCGCGUGGCGCUGCCAGCCGGCCACGCCGGCGCCCCCCCCCUCCCCUCGCGCCCGUGCGGCGCCGUCGCCGCCGUCGCCGCGCGGCCGGUCGCUUGCCCCGCCGACACCCCGCCCCGGCUCGAGACGCUCGGCGGCGACGGCGCGGUGACGACGUGGGCGGUGGUGGGCGGGGAGCUGCGCCGGGCGCUGCUGCUCCGCCUCGCGACGCGGCUCGGCGAGGGCCACUUCUGCCGCCUCUACCGGCGCAACAUGCGCGGCGGGGAUGACAUCGUCGCAACGGUGGAGACUGCGCUACCGCGCGGCUGA